AUGAAAGAUCGAAUCGACAUGGCCCUCGAACUUAAGCUUGAAUACAGGGCUCCGAGUCGGAAUCACACCACCUCCGAAUCUGAGUCGGAGUCAUCAGAGUCCCUAUAUCCAUCCCUAGAUACCCUCGACACAAGCGAUCCGCUCUUCCACGUCUGUUGGCGCCGUCAGUCGUGCUCGUAUUGUCUGGCCGGCGAUGUUGCCUGCAGCUGGUGCGCUACUUCCUUGGCCUGCGUGCCCAAUGCCGCACGCUUACCGAUCCUAGCCCCCAUCAGCAAUGCCCAGAUCUGCCCGCUCGGCUCCAAGGAGCGGUGGGAACUGAGGGCAAUGCCGUUUGGCUGUAAUGUUAGUACAUUGACGUUUCUUUCUGUUAUAGGGACUGUGGUGGGGAUGGUGGUAUUGGUUGGGAUGGGGGUUGUUGGGUUUUGCUUGGUGAGAUUGGUACGUCGACGAUGGAAGGAGUCUGAUUAUGAGAGACUGCAUGGUCGGGGGGUUCUGGGUAUUGGACUGCUUGCUUCGGUGUCUGGGCUUAUCUUUGGGUGGCGGGGUGAGAGGGAGAGGGUGUCACGGGCUUCUGGGAUGGAUGGAGGGGAAGGGGACGGGGAAGGGGAAGAAGGGCUGGAUGAAGGGGACUCGGAGACAAGGCCUCUUUUAGAAGGA